UCUUUUCAUGUGCUGUCCCGCGGAGCAGUGUAACAGGCCGGCUUCUGGUUGGUUGUUGGAAGUUCUCCUCCAUUAUUGGGGCCGAGUUCCAGAGAGAGACAGAGAGAAGAAGAUGGCUUCGAGGGCUUCUCUUUUUAAGGUAAUUUUGGGGUCGUCAUCGGCGUCUCGCCGACAAAUACUGGCCGAGAUGGGAUACAAAUUUACGAUCAUGAGUGCGGAUAUUGACGAGAAGGAGAUUCGAAUGGAGAAGCCGGAGGAGCUGGUGAUGGCCCUGGCUGAAGCUAAGGCGGAUGCCAUUGUAACAAAGCUUCGGAGCAAUGGCUUUAAAGAAGAUCAUACGCAACCGACCCUUUUGAUAACUGCUGAUCAAGUUGUGGUCCAUGGAGGGAUGAUUAGAGAGAAGCCAUCUGGUGCAGAACAAGCACGUGAAUUUCUUAAAGGGUAUUCUGGGGGUCAUGCAUCCACGGUGGGAUCUGUACUUGUCACAAACCUCAAGACAGGGACAAGAAAAGGAGGAUGGGAUAAAGCUGAAGUUUAUUUUCACAAAAUACCAGAAGAGGUCAUAGAGAACCUGAUUAAGGAGGGGGAUGUGCUAUAUGUCGCUGGUGGCCUGAUGGUAGAACAUCCAUUAACUUCACCUUUUGUGGAGGCAAUAGUAGGGACAAUUGACAGCAUAAUGGGACUUCCAAAGGCUCUUACAGAAAAACUUAUUCAGGAGGCCCUUGAGUAGGCAAAGUUGCCUAUAAAUCUUCCAGCUAAUGACUUAAGAUUUUGGUGGCCUUAUGUCACUGUAGAUGCAAUGUUAGUUCAAGUAUACAGGGGCAUUGAGAGACCUGCAGGAAAAUGAUUGUCAAGAUUUUGUUGUCACUAGCCACUGGAACACUCAUCAUUUUAUAUUGGUCUAUGUUGCAAGUUCACUAUCUAACCCCUUAUUUGAUGAUGAAGAUUUUCAUAGUGUUGGCAGUAUGAUACUCCGACAUUAAUCAUGUUCUUGUUGCGAUAAAGAAGGGGGAGGUUUUUGUAUCUAUGUAUGGGGAUGUAGGCCCAACUUUUUCCUUUCAGUUGUCUGUGCAAACUGUGGAAGUUUUGUUUUCAAGCAAAUGCUCCUUUGAUUACCAAAAAAACAAAAA